GUAGAGAUGGGGUUUCACCACGUUGGCCAGGCUGGUCUCGAACUCCUGACCUCGGGUGAUCCACCCACCUUGGCCUCCCAAAAUGGUGGGAUUACAGGCUGAGCCACCGUGUAUGACCUUUUUUUUGGGGGUGGGGGAAUGCAGUCUCAAACGUCACCCAGGCUGGAGUGCAGUGGCACGAAUUUGGCUUACUGUAACCUCCACCUCUAAGGUUCAAGCGAUGCCCAAGGCUCAGCCUCCCGAGUAGCUGGGAUUACAAGCGCCUGCCACCACACUUGGCUUUAAAUUUUUUUUUUCUUAUUUUUAGUAGAAACGAGGUUUCACCACAUUGGCCGGGCUGGUCUCAAACUCCUGAGCUCAGGUGAUCCGCCUGCCUCGGCCACCCAAAGUGCUGGGAUUAUGGGCGUGAGCCUCCGCACCCGGUCCAGAUAAUUUCUUUAUGGCCACUUUUUUCACAGAAAGGUAGAAAGAGAGGGAGUUAAGAGUAGUAUUUUUAGGUUUUAUGGCUGACUUUGGAGAAAGGGGGUUCCCGUUUGAAAUUCUGGAGUUUCUAUGGCCAGCCUCAGAGAAUCAGAUCAGAGACUGGGAAGAGGUCAGAGGGAACCUGCCUCUGAGGCUGCCUCAGGGGCCUUCACUUUGUGGUUUCGUUUUCAGAGCCCCAACAGGAGCAAGCCAUGCACCUAGCUGAAGGAGACAGGCCCUCACAGAGCUCAGCUCAUAAUGAGUGGUCAAUAAAAGCUUGCUGAGUGAAGGUGUGUGUGGCCAUGAAUGGCCUAGGCCAACAGUGAAUAGAGGAAUGGGACAGCGUCCUUAGGACUCUGACCCUAACUUCCGGGAAAGUAAAUCAACGUUCAAGACGUACUGGCCAUCGGACCCCCCAGCCGCCGCCAUCAGCGGGUGCCUGUUUUGCAGGCUGCUAACCCGGGGCCCCGGGGCUGGGGCACGUUUGUUGCCCACGGUAGCUAGCCCCACUGCCCUUCGGCCUGGACGCGGUCCUGUGCUGCCACCUGCCUCCGAGAGGCAGAGAAAGUGGGAGGACUGGGCCAGACACCUUCCCGCCAGAAGCCCUGCCCGGUGCGGAGAGGCGCCCGGAGUCCAGGGAGCUGCGCGGGGCGGGUGGAACGCCCCGGGCCUACCCCGCCGACUGCCUUCAUUCACCAUCUCGCGGGCGCCUUUCCUCUCUCCCGCGGCGUGGGUGCCUUCGCCGACCUCCGGAACUCGGCUGCUCCUGCGCGCGGUUCCCUGACGGCUGCCGCAGCUGCCGGAAGCGGAAGUGCUCCGUGGAGUGCACUAGGCGCAUUCUAGUGGCGGCGACCGAGGCGGCGAAGGAGCCCGCCAUGGAGCACGUGACGGAGGGUUCCUGGGAGUCGCUGCCAGUGCCGCUGCACCCACGGGUGCUGGGCGCGCUGCGGGAGCUGGGCUUCCCAUACAUGACGCCGGUGCAGUCUGCAACCAUCCCUCUGUUCAUGCGAAACAAAGAUGUGGCUGCAGAAGCGGUCACAGGUAGUGGCAAAACACUCGCUUUUGUCAUCCCCAUCCUGGAAAUUCUCCUGAGAAGAGAAGAGAAGUUAAAAAAGAGUCAGGUUGGAGCCAUAAUCAUCACCCCCACUCGAGAGCUAGCCAUUCAAAUAGAUGAGGUCCUGUCGCAUUUCACGAGGCACUUCCCGCAGUUCAGCCAGAUUCUUUGGAUUGGAGGCAGAAAUCCUGGAGAAGAUGUUGAGAGGUUUAGGCAACAGGGUGGGAACAUCAUUGUGGCCACUCCCGGCCGCUUGGAAGACAUGUUCCGAAGGAAGGCAGAAGGCUUGGAUCUGGCCAGCUGUGUGCGAUCCCUGGAUGUCCUGGUGUUGGACGAGGCAGACAGACUUUUGGACAUGGGAUUUGAGGCAAGUAUCAACACUAUCCUGGAGGUGUUGCCAAAGCAGAGGAGAACAGGCCUUUUCUCAGCCACUCAGACGCAGGAAGUGGAGAACUUGGUGAGAGCGGGCCUCCGGAACCCUGUCCGGGUCUCGGUUAAGGAGAAGGGCGUGGCAGCCAGCAGCGUCCAGAAGACCCCCUCCCGCCUGGAAAACUACUACAUGGUAUGCAAGGCAGAUGAGAAAUUUAAUCAGCUGGUCCAUUUCCUUCGCAAUCAUAAGCAGGAGAAACACCUGGUCUUCUUCAGCACCUGUGCCUGUGUGGAAUACUAUGGGAAGGCUCUGGAGGCGCUGGUGAAGGGUGUGAAGAUUAUGUGCAUUCAUGGAAAGAUGAAAUACAAACGCAAUAAGAUCUUCAUGGAGUUCCGCAAAUUGCAAAGUGGGAUUUUAGUGUGCACUGAUGUGAUGGCCCGGGGAAUCGAUAUUCCUGAAGUCAACUGGGUUUUGCAGUAUGACCCUCCCAGCAGUGCAAGCGCCUUCGUGCAUCGCUGCGGUCGCACGGCCCGCAUUGGCCACAGGGGCAGCGCUCUGGUGUUCCUCCUGCCUAUGGAAGAGUCAUACAUCAAUUUCCUUGCAAUUAACCAAAAAUGCCCCCUGCAGGAGAUGAAGCUCCAGAAAAACACAGUGGACCUUCUGCCAAAACUCAAGUCCAUGGCCCUGGCCGACAGAGCUGUGUUUGAAAAGGGCAUGAAAGCUUUUGUGUCGUAUGUCCAGGCUUAUGCAAAGCAUGAAUGCAACCUGAUUUUCAGAUUAAAGGAUCUUGAUUUUGCCAGCCUUGCUCGAGGUUUUGCCCUGUUGAGGAUGCCCAAGAUGCCGGAAUUGCGAGGAAAGCAAUUUCCAGAUUUUGUGCCUGUGGACAUUAAUACAGACACUAUUCCAUUUAAAGAUAAAAUCAGAGAAAAGCAGAGGCAGAAACUCCUGAAGCAGCAAAGAAAAGAGAAAACAGAAAAUGAUAAGAGGAGAAAAUUCAUAAAAAAUAAAGCUUGGUCGAAGCAGAAGGCCAAAAAAGAAAAGAAGAAAAAAAUGAAUGAGAAAAGGAAAAGGGAAGAGGGUUCUGAUACUGAAGAUGAGGACAUGGAAGAACUUCUCAGUGACACAAGACUCUUGAAAAAACUUAAAAAAGGCAAAAUAACUGAAGAAGAAUUUGAGAAGAGCUUGUUGACAACUGGCAAAAGAACAAUCAAGAUGGCAGAUUUAGGGAUCUCAGAUUUGGAAGAUGACAGCUGAUUCCAGUGCCACAGAUGAACCCACAAAGGCAUAGCGAUGCCUUAACUUGGUGGAUGGCUCCAGUUUGCUUUCGGUGGAAAUCAAAACUUCAGGAGGCAUCUGAGAAGAAUCACAUGUCUGAAAGCCGUCCUUUCAGACUAGAGGGAAAUGAGGGAUUUCACAAUUGUGAAUAUUUUACUAAAAACCGUCUGGUCUUGGCCAAAUGUGGUGGCUCUUGCCUGUAAUCACAGCACUUUGGCAGGCAGAUCACUUGAGCCCAGGAGUUCAAGACCAGCCUGGGCAACACAGUGAGACCCUCUCAUUAAAAACAAUAAAACAAAACAAUUACAGUCUUGAAAUAGUCUAACAAAAGAAAAUGCAAAAUUAUUUGAGUAUAAAUAGAAGUCAAUAUUUAUCAUGAUGGGUCACACAGAUAUAUAUGCACAUUAAUAAAUAUAUAUGAGCUUUUUCUGAGGCAAUUAUUUAUUUAUUUAUUUUUUUUUUGAGACAGAGUUUCGCUCUUGUUACCCAGGCUGGAGUGCAAUGGCGCGAUCUCGGCUCACCGCAACCUUCGCCUCCUGGGUUCAGGCAAUUCUCCUGCCUCAGCCUCCUGAGUAGCUGGGAUUACAGGCACGCGCCGCCAUGCCCAGCUAAUUUUUUGUAUUUUUAAUAGAGACGGGGUUUCACCUUGUUGACCAGGAUGGUCUCAAUCUCUUGACCUCGUGAUCCACCCACCUCGACCUCCCAAAGUGCUGGGAUUACAGGCUUGAGCCACCGCGCCCGGCCUUAUUUAUUUAUUUUUAAACAUAAAGAUACUAAAGUAUACUUGA